AUCACCACCUCACUCGCACGCACCACCACAAUGUCAUCACUCGACGAGAAGCGAGCAGAGGACAGCGUCAAGUCGGCGCACAAGAAGGAGAAGAAGGAGAAGAAGCGUCAGCGAGAGGAGGAGGUUGCAGCCACGCCCGUCCCUGAGGGCAGCAGCGCCGAUGCAAAGGCUGAGCGCAAAGCUGAGAAGAAGAGGAGGAAGCAGGAAGAGAAGGCAGCGGCAGCAUCAGAGGCAGUCCCAGCAAAUGGAGCAGCAGUAGUAGCAGAGGAUGAGGCGGCCGCAGCUGAGGCCAAGAAGCGUCGCAAGGAAGAGAAGAAGGCAGCAAAGAAGGCAGCAAAGGCAGUCGAGUCUUCUUCCGCCCCUCCUGUCGCCUCGACCUCAGCAGCAGCAGUCACCACACCUACUUCUAUGGCCCCUACGGACGCAGCAGCAGCCAAUGCCUUCCUUACCUCGAACAACAUUACCCUCGAAACCCUCGAAGACUCGUCCGAUAAGCCUCCUCUGCCCUUCCUCUCCUUCGCUGAGCUCCGAGGCAAAGUAAGCGACGGGAUCUGCGAUGAGCUGGAUCGCUUGAAGUUCACCAAGCCCACGCCCAUUCAAGCAUGCUGCUGGCCUGUACUCUUGUCGGGAAAGGAUGUUGUAGGAAUCGCAGAGACGGGAAGUGGCAAGACGUUUGCAUUUGGAGUGCCGGCAUUGCAGCAUUUGGCGACCACAACAUCUGCACCUGCUGCUGGCGGAAAGGCUGGAAAGAAGGGCAAGAAAGGCGGAGCCACGCCGAAUGUUUCCGUCCUCGUCAUCGCACCCACGCGCGAGCUGGCGAAACAGACGCAUGACAAUCUCCUCAUGCUGGCGCCCUCGCUCGGCUUUGGGUCCGUCUGCCUCUUUGGCGGUGUGCCCAAGUACGAGCAGCUCAAUGAGCUCUCUGGUAGCCCACAGGUGCGCAUUGUAGUGGGCACGCCGGGGCGUGUUCUGGACCUGGCGAGGGAGGGGAGCUUGGAUCUCAGUGGGGUUGACUACUUGACGUUGGAUGAGGCGGACAGGAUGUUGGACAAGGGCUUCGAGCCGGAUAUUCGCGCCAUCCUGGGCAUGUGCAAGUCCCAUGAGCAGGGCCGUCACACUUCGAUGUUCAGCGCCACAUGGCCCCCUGCGGUGCGCGGCCUCGCCGAGACUUUUAUGCGCGACCCGGUUCGCGUAACCGUAGGCAGCGACGAGCUCACAGCGAACAGGCGCAUCUCGCAACGAGUCGAAGUCCUCGAAGACAAUCGCGCCAAGGAGCGUCGCUUGCAAGCCGUGCUGCGCGAGCUCGGUGCUGGACCUCGCGGAAAGAAUGCGCAGGACAAGAUCCUCAUCUUUGCGCUGUACAAGAAGGAGGCGAGCAGGAUUGAGGAGAACCUGAAGAGGGCAGGAUUCGCCGUCGUGGCCAUCCAUGGAGACAUGACACAGCCGCAGCGUAUGGCGAAUCUGGAGUCCUUCAAGAGCGGGGCUACUCCCCUUCUCGUAGCGACGGACGUGGCCGCUCGUGGGCUGGACAUUCCCGCCGUCACUACGGUCAUUAACGUGACCUUCCCGCUUACAGCGGACGAGUACGUCCAUCGAAUCGGUCGAACGGGGAGAGCAGGCAAGACGGGUGUGAGCAUCACCUUUUUCACGCAGGAGGACAAGGCGCACGCUGGUGAGCUGCAGAAGAUUUUGAGGGAUGCAGAUCAGGAGGUGCCUGAGGAACUCAAGGCCUUUGGUGGUACGAUCAAGAAGAAGACGCACAGCGCGUAUGGGGAUCACUUCAGAGAGUUGGCCCCUGGGAAAGCCAAGAAGAUUACGUUCGACUAGGCGCGACGUCGGUCGGGCGAUGUAUUUGCGUAAUGGAACGGGAUUUGCACUACGCUGCGCGAGACCGUGCUCUUGAUCGGGCGAUUGGGCGAGGUUUCAAGCGCGAGAUGAAUUGAAGAACGUCUAGAGGAGCCAAAAUUGCGAACGAGGCGAGAAGCGGACAGAGAGAGGCGAGAGGCGAGUAGCGAGUAGAACAUGGAAGGGAGAUCUUGUCGAGAGAAUGACCUUGCAAGUCGUGACGGUAAAGGAGGUGGGGGGUAAUGAAUGAUGUGU